UGGAUAAGCAAGUGUUGUUCUUUCCCCUCCUCAUGUUCUUCCUCUUCACCAUUUUCAAAGCUGAUGUUGCAUCUUCCUCAUGUCCCUUGGAUCUCAGUUAUGUUGAGACCUUUCCAUGGGACACUUCAUCCUGCAGAGAUCCAAUUGAUGCACAACACUGUUGCCAAGCUCUGCUCAGCCUCUUUGGCAUAGGGCUUGCCCAACACCUCAAAGAAACUUCCUUGUUUCAACUUCCUGAUGAAAACACUUCCUCCACUUGCUUAUCUGAUUUCAAAGUCAAGCUUUCAUCUAUGUCAAUUCAGCCAUCUUUGGUCCCUUCUUGCUUCCAUAACUCAACCCAGUUUGUUACUAACUCUUCUAGUUGUGCAGGUAUAAUAACUACCAAAGAUUGGAAGCAAAAAGUAGGUACGUUGAGUCCACUAGACACUUCUUGUAAUGGGGACAUGAAGGAUCAAACUCGAUGCAGUAUUUGCACUGAUGCUGGCUUUAAAGUUACUUCUCAGUUGACUAGUAUUGAUCCAAAAAAUGCAACAAAGUGUUUUUAUUUUACAAUCUUAUAUGCUGCAGCUGUUGUUAAUCAGUUUGGUCCUACAGAUGUUGGCACAGCUAGUUGCAUACUUGGCUUGCCACUGUCUAUAAAAGGGUCAUCACAUAGAGAAGAAGUGUUGAAAUUGGUUUUUGGGUUAUUGGGUGCUCUUAUUGGUGUUGUGCUUGCUUUUGUUCUGAUAAUUAUGUAUAGGAAGUGGGAUAGGAGAAGGAAGGAGAAUAUUUAUCACAGGUCAAUUGAAAACAGUGUUAGGACCAGUGUUUUGCCUAAUACUGGUGCGAAAUGGUUUCAUAUAUCAGAGCUUGAUCGAGCAACAAAUAAGUUUUCACAGAGGAAUAUGAUUGGUCAAGGUGGUGAUGGGGUUGUGUACAAAGGGACUCUUUCAGAUGGCACUUUGGUUGCAGUUAAGGAGAUUUCUGACUUGGAAACUAGAGGGGAUGAAGAGUUUGGCUAUGAAGUGGAGAUCAUAAGCAAAAUAAAGCACAGGAAUCUUCUUGCUCUUCGGGGUUGUUGUGUUACAAGUGAUAAUUUGAGAGGUAAGAGGAGGUUUCUAGUUUAUGAUUUUAUGCCUAAUGGCAGCCUCAGUUACCAAUUGUCAAUUGCUGGGGCUAAUAGGCUAACAUGGCCACAAAGGAAGAACAUAAUUCUUGAUGUGGCUAAAGGGCUUGCUUAUUUGCAUUAUGAAAUCAAACCCCCAAUUUAUCACCGUGACAUAAAGGCUACAAAUAUACUUCUGGAUUCCAAAAUGAAAGCUAAAGUUGCAGAUUUUGGCUUGGCAAAGCAAGGUAGUGAAGGCCAAUCUCAUCUCACCACAAGGGUUGCUGGCACAUAUGGUUAUUUGGCACCAGAGUAUGCUCUAUAUGGGCAACUAACUGAGAAAAGUGAUGUCUACAGUUUUGGUAUUGUGAUUCUUGAAAUCAUGAGUGGAAGAAAAGUGCUUGACACUUUGAAUUCAUCUGUGGUUUUAAUCACUGAUUGGGCAUGGUCACUUGCAAAAUCAGAAAAAGUGGAGGAAAUUUUUGAUCAGUCUAUAAGAGAAGAAGGGCCAGAAAAAAUUAUGGAAAGGUUUGUUCUUGUUGGGAUUCUUUGUGCUCAUGCAAUGGUGGCAUUAAGGCCUACAAUUGCUGAAGCCCUUAAGAUGUUAGAGGGUGACAUUGACAUUCCCAAAUUACCAGAUAGGCCAGUUCCACUUGGUCAUGAGUCGUUUCAAUCUUCUUUGUUGUAUGGUAUGCAAAGAAGUGGAAGAUCAACACCAUAUCUUUCAUCUUAUUCAACAAGUAUGAGCACAAUAUAGAUAGAAGCUCUAUACUAGUUUGUUUGUGCAGAUAGUCUUUGGAUCAGAAUUAGGUAUGAGUCAGAAAUUCACGGCCACCACUUGGUGAAGGUUCAAACUACCCUUAAAGUCGUGCCAUAUAUAUCUUGAUUUUUUUUUUUUGUACACAUUUGUAAU